GGUGGGGGCGGGCCCAGGUAGCAGGCUCGGCUGCGCUGGGGCCGCGCGUCGGAGUUUCCCCAUUUCCAGGGUGAGGAUGGUCUUUACACAGCCCGGAAUGCUGUAGCUGAAAGGGGCGCCCUGUUGAAACAAGCGCGCGUGGAAUGAAGAGUUUCUCUUUGCUUCUGCCCAGGCGUUCUGAGUCCCUGUCGUUCUGCAGCAUGGACACCGAGUGGCUGGAACGAGCCCCGGGACUGACCGCCAGUGAGCUCUCCUCUUGCGCUUUUACCACAGACGUCAGAGUUCCCCUUUCUUUGAGUUAAUAUUUUGGAGUUAAUGUCACAAUGAGUUCAGGCUUAUGGAGCCAAGAAAAAGUUACUUCACCCUACUGGGAAGAGCGGAUUUUCUACUUGCUUCUCCAGGAGUACAGCGUCACUGACAAACAAACCCAGAAGCUGCUGAAAGUCCCCAAGGGGAGCAUAGGGCAGCAUGUCCAGGACCGCGCCGUGGGGCACUCGCGGGUCCCUGCCAAAGGCAAGAAAAGUCAGGUCGGAGUAAAGCUCCUGGAGCAGCCACACGCGGCGCUCUUGGUCGAUGAAAAGGAUGUGGUAGAAAUAAAUGAGAAAUUCACAGAGCUACUUUUGGCAAUUACCAAUUGCGAAGAGAGGUUCAGCCUGUUUAAAAACCGAAGCAGACUAAGUAAAGGCCUCCAGAUAGACGUGGGCUGCUCCGUGAAGGUCCAGCUGAGGCCCGGGGAGGAAAAGUUCCCCGGAGUGGUGCGCUUCCGGGGACCCCUGUUAGCAGAGAGGACAGUGUCGGGGAUCUUUUUCGGAGUAGAGUUACUGGAAGAAGGUCGGGGCCAAGGUUUCACUGAUGGGAUAUAUCAAGGGAAACAGCUAUUUCAGUGUGAUGAAGAUUGUGGAGUAUUUGUUGCGUUGGACAAGCUAGAAAUCAUAGAAGAUGAUGACAAUGGAUUGGAGAGUGACUAUGCAGGUCCAGGGGACACAGCGCAGGUUGAACUUCCUCCUUUGGAAAUAAACUCCCGAGUUUCUCUGAAGCUCGGGGAAACCAUAGAGUCCGGAACAGUUAUAUUCUGUGAUGUUUUGCCGGGAAAAGAAAGCUUAGGAUAUUUUGUUGGUGUGGACAUGGAUAACCCCAUCGGCAACUGGGACGGCAGGUUCGACGGCGUGCAGCUCUGCAGCUUCGCCAGUGUCGAGAGCACGAUCCUCUUGCAUGUCAACGACAUCAUCCCAGAUAGCGUGACGCAAGAAAGGAGGCCUCCCAAACUUGCCUUCACAUCGCGAGGUGUUGGGGACAAAGGUUCCUCCAGCCACAAUAAACCAAAGGUCACAGGAUCUACCUCAGACCCUGGAAAUAGAAACAGAUCUGAAUUAUUUUAUACCUUAAAUGGGUCUUCUGUUGACUCACAACCACAGUCCAAGUCAAAAAAUACAUGGUACAUUGAUGAAGUUGCCGAAGACACUGCAAAGUCGCUUACAGAGCUGUCUCCGGACUUGGGACAAGCUUCGCCACCCCUGCAGCCUCCUUCCAUGAACUCGUUAUCCAGCGAGAACAGAUUCCACUCGUUACCCUUCAGCCUGACAAAGAUGCCCAACACCAGCGAGAGUAUUAGCCACAACCCGCUGUCUGUGUCUGUCCAGUCAGUGAUGGGGGAGCUGGACAGCACCCCCGUCCAGGACAGCCCGCCCCUGACUGCGUCUCCCGGGAGCGCCCACGGGCUGGAGGUGGGCUCGCUGGCUGAAGUGAAGGAGAACCCUCCUUUCUACGGGGUGAUCCGCUGGAUCGGGCAGCCACCGGGGCUCAACGAAGUGCUGGCUGGGCUGGAACUGGAGGACGAGUGUGUGGGCUGUACGGAUGGGACCUUCCGGGGCACCCGCUACUUCACCUGCGCCCUGAAGAAGGCGCUCUUUGUCAAACUGAAGAGCUGCAGGCCCGACUCGAGGUUCGCGUCCCUGCAGCCGGUUUCCAAUCAGAUCGAGCGCUGUAACUCUCUAGCCUUUGGAGGCUACUUAAGUGAAGUAGUCGAAGAAAAUACCCCACCAAAAAUGGAAAAAGAAGGUUUGGAGAUAAUGAUUGGAAAGAAGAAAGGUAUCCAGGGUCAUUACAAUUCUUGUUACUUAGACUCGACCUUAUUCUGCUUGUUUGCUUUUAGUUCCGUUCUGGACACUGUGUUACUUCGACCCAAAGACAAGACCGACGUGGAGUAUUACAGCGAGACCCAGGAGCUCCUGAGGACGGAGAUCGUCAACCCCCUGAGGAUAUAUGGAUACGUGUGCGCAACCAAGAUCAUGAAGCUGAGGAAGAUUCUGGAGAAAGUCGAGGCUGCGUCGGGGUUCACCUCCGAGGAGAAAGAUCCCGAAGAAUUCUUGAAUAUCUUGUUCCAUCAUAUUUUAAGGGUAGAGCCACUGUUAAAAAUAAGGUCAGCUGGUCAAAAAGUACAAGAUUGUUACUUCUAUCAAAUUUUUAUGGAAAAAAAUGAGAAAGUUGGAGUUCCUACAAUCCAGCAGUUGUUAGAAUGGUCUUUUAUCAACAGUAACCUGAAAUUUGCAGAGGCACCAUCAUGUCUGAUUAUUCAGAUGCCUCGGUUUGGAAAAGACUUUAAACUUUUUAAAAAAAUUUUUCCUUCUCUGGAAUUAAAUAUAACAGAUCUACUUGAAGACACCCCCAGACAGUGCCGCAUCUGCGGAGGGCUGGCCGUGUACGAGUGCAGGGAGUGCUACGAGGACCCCGAGAUCUCGGCCGGCAAGAUCAAGCAGUUCUGUAAGCCCUGCAACACGCAAGUCCACCUUCAUCCCAAGAGACUGAACCAUAAGUAUAACCCGGUGUCACUGCCCAAAGACCUGCCGGACUGGGACUGGAGACAUGGCUGCAUCCCCAGCCAGAAGAUGGAGCUGUUCGCUGUCCUCUGCAUAGAAACCAGCCACUACGUGGCGUUCGUCAAGUACGGCAGGGACGACUCCUCCUGGCUGUUCUUCGACAGCAUGGCCGACCGGGAUGGUGGUCAGAACGGCUUCAACAUCCCGCAGGUGACCCCGUGCCCGGAGGUGCGGGAGUACCUGAAGAUGUCCCCGGAGGACCUGCACUCCUUGGACUCCAGGAGCAUCCAGGGCUGUGCGCGCAGGCUGCUGUGCGACGCGUACAUGUGCAUGUACCAGAGCCCCACCAUGAGUCUGUACAAGUAGGGCGCCCGGGCCGCCGCGUCCUCCGCGUCCUCCUCCGUGUCCUCCGCGUCCUCCGCCGCCGGCAGGGGCUCCGGGCGCUCAGCUUUCCGAGAAGAAUUCCCGUGUUUAAAACAAAUCGCUUUGUGUUACUGAAUAUUUAAUAAGAAGCAUUUUGCACUCUAGAAAGUAUGUUUAUGUUGGUUUUUUAAGAAGUCUAAAUGAAGUUGUUAAUAACUGAAACUUUAAGUUAAGUGCAUUGAUCACAUGAUAUUUUUGGAAGCAUAGAGUUUUAAUUGUGACAGUUUUAAACCUCUUUUAGUCCAUUGA